AUGUCCGCCGAAGUUGCGACCACCCCCGCCGCUGACAACAAUGUCAACGGCACCCCCGAGGUCACCGCUGCUGCUGCGGCCGCCCCCAGCGGCGAGGCCUCCGGCGUCGAGACCCCUUCUCAGCCCCACUCGGCGUCCCUGUACGUCGGUGAGCUCGACCCCUCCGUGACCGAGGCCAUGCUGUACGAGCUCUUCUCGUCCAUCGGCCAGGUUGCCUCCAUCCGUGUCUGCCGUGACGCCGUCACCAGACGCUCCCUGGGCUACGCCUACGUCAACUACAACAACACCGCCGACGGCGAGCGCGCCCUCGAGGAUCUGAACUACACCCUCAUCAAGGGCAAGCCCUGCCGCAUCAUGUGGUCCCAGCGUGACCCCGCCCUGCGCAAGACCGGCCAGGGUAACGUCUUCAUCAAGAACCUGGACAACGCCAUCGACAACAAGGCCCUCCACGACACCUUCGCCGCCUUCGGCAACAUCCUGAGCUGCAAGGUCGCCCAGGACGAGUUCGCCAACUCCAAGGGCUACGGUUUCGUCCACUACGAGACCGCCGAGGCCGCCAACAACGCCAUCAAGCACGUCAACGGCAUGCUGCUCAACGACAAGAAGGUCUUCGUCGGCCACCACAUCUCCAAGAAGGACCGCCAGAGCAAGUUCGAGGAGAUGAAGGCCAACUUCACCAACGUCUACGUCAAGAACGUCGACCCCGAGGUGACCGACGACGAGUUCCGCGUCGCCUUCGAGAAGUUCGGUGACAUCACCUCGGCCACCCUGAGCCGCGACCAGGAUGGCAAGAGCCGUGGCUUCGGCUUCGUCAACUACUCGACCCACGAGAGCGCGCAGGCCGCCGUCGACGAGAUGAACGAGAAGGAUCUGCGGAACCAGAAGCUCUACGUCGGCCGUGCCCAGAAGAAGCACGAGCGUGAGGAGGAGCUGCGCAAGCAGUACGAGGCCGCCCGCAUGGAGAAGGCCUCCAAGUACCAGGGUGUCAACCUGUACGUGAAGAACCUCACCGACGACGUCGAUGACGAGAAGCUGCGCGAGCUUUUCGUUCCCUACGGCACCAUCACCUCCGCCAAGGUCAUGCGCGACACCAACGCCGAGGGCGAGGAGUCCGCCGAGUCCUCGGACAAGGAGAAGGAAUCCAACAAGGAGAACGAGAAGAAGGAGCCCGCCGAGGCCGAGAAGCCCGCCGAGGAGAAGCCCGCCGAGAAGGCUGAAGAUGCCGAGGAGAAGCCCGCCGAGGGUGAGGAGCAGGAGUCCAAGAAGGGUGAUAAGAAGGGUCUGGGCAAGAGCAAGGGCUUUGGCUUCGUCUGCUUCAGCAGCCCCGAUGAGGCCUCCAAGGCCGUCACCGAGAUGAACCAGCGCAUGGUCAACGGCAAGCCCCUCUACGUCGCCCUCGCCCAGCGCAAGGAUGUCCGCCGCAGCCAGCUCGAGGCCAGCAUCCAGGCUCGCAACACCAUCCGCCAGCAGCAGGCUGCCGCCGCCGCCGGCAUGCCCCAGCCGUACAUGCAGCCCGCCGUCUUCUACGGACCUGGUCAGCAGGGCUUCAUCCCCGCUGGUGGCCAGCGUGGUGGCAUGGCUUUCCCUCCCCAGCCCGGUAUGAUGAUGGGUAUCCCUGGUGGACGUCCCGGUCAGUACCCCGGUCCUUUCCCUGGCCAGCAGGGUGGACGCGGCAUGGGCCCCGGCCAGCAGCUGCCCCCCAACUUCCCCCAGGGCAUGCCCAUGGGUCCCGGUGGCAUCCCUAACGGCAUGGGCUACCCCCAGAUGGGUGUGCAGUUCGGUCGCGGUGCCGGUGGCCGUGGUCAGGUUCCCGGUAUGCCCAUGGGUCAGGGUAUGCGUGGUGGCCCCAACUUCGGCCAGGGUCGCGGUGGUAUGCCCCCCCAGAUGGGUCGUCCCCAGGGUGGUCGCGGACAGAACGCCGGUCAGCCCGCCGCGGGUCGUCCGGAGGAGGCCGCCGCCGCCGCCACCAGCAGCCAGAACAUCGCUGCUAUGCCCGCCCCUCAGCAGAAGCAGAUGCUGGGUGAGGCCCUCUAUCCCAAGAUCCAGUCUCAGCAGCCUGAGUUGGCAGGCAAGAUCACUGGUAUGCUUUUGGAGAUGGAUAACGCUGAGCUGCUUGGCCUUCUUGAUGAUGAUGAGGCUCUCCGCGCCAAGGUCGACGAGGCCCUCAGCGUUUAUGACGAGUACAUGAAGAACAAGGGUGAUGGUGAAGCGACGGCCGAGGCCAAGCCCAAGGAGGCUGCCAAGGAAGCUUCCACGGAGGAGAACAAGUCGUAG